CGCGGCAUGACCGCCCAGCCGAGUCAUAAGCCAAUUGCCAUGUUUCGCUCCUGUGCUUAGCCUUGACGUGCGAAUCAUUGCUAUAGACGCCCAGCUUUGUGCGCCACCAAAACCAAUGGUCGACUGUUGACUCCCUUGAUCGUCCGUCCAUCAGCCUCCAUUCAGCCUCCCUGCGAUCCGUGCCCCCGUCAUGUUGAUAGGGCUCGGCCGGUAGAACCAGCGACACUCGCCCCGUCCCGUCCCGUCCUUGCCCGUGCAGAACGCGUCCAGCCCGGCAUGCUUCAUAUCCGCUUCCACAGACGGACACCGUCCAAUCCCACCUCGCCUACACUCGACCGGUCUUCCUGGGACACCACAGCCGUCCAGCCCGCGAAUCUCGUCCCCACCGAUGGCGUCCCGGCUCCUGAUAUUCGCCCACGCUCCGCCACCUCGGCUCCCUACUCCCAGGCCCAGAGUCAGUCCCUGUCGCAAUCUCUGCGGGACCAGAACCCUCCUGUGUUACCGCCCAUCGCUAGAGUUGUCUCUGCCGAUUCUAUACUCUCUACACAGAGCCAGAACUCGGACCAGAAACCAGCUGAAGACGUGAAGUCCUGCGAUGAACCGAAACCUUUACUGCGAUCCCCUUACAAUGAACAACCCAAGUUCAUUGGUGGGCUAGCAUUGGAGAACUAUCGUCGAGAACAAGCUGCUAUGAACCAGCCUGCACAAUCGCAGAGGGUUCCAAAUGCGCCUCCAAUAGCUUCAGCCUCACCCACCGUCUCACCCUCUGGUACCAGCACAUCAAUCCCUCCUUUCGGCAGUAGACCUCAACAACCAGUGCCACCUCCUGCUAAACCGACCAAGGCCCCGUCAUUCGUGAGCCCGACGGAUCUUCAGAAUGCCUUGCCUACAGGUAAACGACCGCCCGGUGCAAGGAUGACGUCCGAUCAGUCCCUAGCCUCAAAUCCUCCUGUCGCCCGGGAUGCUACCAAGGCGAAAAAGGGGUUGCCUUUCCUGAAGAACCCAAUGUCUACAUUGCUCGCUAGGAGGAAGACCAGCCAAAAUAUACCAGAUCUUACUUUGUCUACAGGGGAGCCUACCUAUGACCCUCGAAUACGAGGCACCCGGGUACAUGACUUCAGCAACCCAAGGCCAUGGAAACCCGUGGUGCAACCUAGCAAAAUUGGCAAUGAAUCCGCAAAUUCCGGAGAUAGCCAGGUCUUUCAUUCACAGCAUAGUACUCCCGCAAUACAACCCAGUAGAGCGCCACCAGUCCCUCCGAAAGACGAGCAUUCUAGGUCAAGCCGAACCUCAUCUUCUUACUCCAAGGGUUACUCUAUGGACACGACUCUGAGUCAGAGGUCUCGAGAGUCGUCAGUCACCCAGCUCGCUGAAACAUAUGCUGGAGAAGAAAGCACUCAGCGACGAAAAAGUGCUCUAUCUAAAGCCUCCAUGUCUCGUAAAGCUUCAGCAGCUUCUGUAAAGAGCUCUUUCUCUGCUAUACCCAGGCAUAUGAAGAGCACCUCAUCUCGAUUCAGUUUCGAUAUGAUUGGAGCUGCAGAACAAGAAAAGUUACUAGAGGAAAGGCACCGACAACGCCAACAGGAUAAAGCCUCGGGUCUAAUUGGUGACCGAAGGGAUUCGCGCUUCGACGAGUUUGACGAGGACGGAUUUGAUUAUGACGCAAUGGAUUAUGAUGAUGAUUUGGAAGAGCGAAUUCCUGGCGUCAACGCCGACUUAGAUGAUUAUGAGGAAGACCUUGAAGCAGCAAACGACCCAGAUAAUGAUCAGGAUAACUUUGCUGGAUUCGUAUUUCAGAGGUCAGAGCCAGUAUCCUCGUUAACAAGCCCUUACGGUCCUGGCCUACUCCCAACGCCUAGGGAUGCUAACGGAGAUAUCAUCGGAUAUGCUCGCACAGGGGAGACUCCCAGGUCUGGACAGUUCCCAGAGACCUCUAUGGGCCUGCUUGCUGAGCCUAGCCCCAACCAAGUUUAUAAUGACGGUACUACUGCGGGCCUAGGGAUUCAAGAGCCGGGUGCUGCGAUGGGUUCUCCUAAGUUAACAGCAUCCCAACCACCAGCUCAAGGCAGAACCCAUCUCAGCAAGGACGAUGAACUUUACUUCAAUGACGGCUUAAUACACGACUUUGAUGGGGAAGGAGACGGGUCAGCAUUUGAUGAGUCUAUCUUCGACUUAAAUGACACCGACCAGUACGGGCGCCCAAUUCCCCAGGUGUUUGCUAAUGCUUUGGCACAAAGAAAUGCAGCUUUGGAGACGAAGAAGCGGGAGUCUGAUAUGACUUCGAGACUUUCUGCUCAGUCGGCGGUGUCACAUUCGACUGCUCAUACUUCAUUAAGCGUUGAGGCGCACGCAAAAUCAGCGGGUCCUCAGGAUGAAACAACUACUUCACAUAUAAUAGCUCAAACUUGUGACGUGGAAGACAUUUCACACAUGACUCAACCUCUGGAAUCACAGCAAGCAAUUUCUGGGUUAGAAGGCAACGUAGUGGCAGCGUAUCAAGCAGCACUGGCUGCCGCUGCGCAUAAGGCCGCAGCUUCUGGUAAAUUCCGUCGAGAUUCGUCCCCUGAACCACCGAGGGACUUCACAGUCACAUCACCUACAACAUCAGGUUCAUCAUAUUCGCAACAAGACGCGGUUAACGAGACUGAAUUAGCUGACUACGAAUACGACGACGGAUUCUCGGCGGGAUUAGAUGAUUACGAACUAGACGACGACGCCAUCAUCGCCGAAGCCAACGCAAGUGCUCUAGCUAACGACUCCGACGGCUGGUACGGACAAGAAUUCGGCUUCUACUCCGCCCCUGUCCCGCAAUCAGGGUACAGCCAGAGCUCCCUCAGCGAGAAGAACAUCUUUCAAUAUUCCCACGGCGGAUACUUCGGUCCCAGCGGCGUCACUCGGUCUACUUCCGGCCGCGUCGUUUCGCGCGAACCGAACCUGACGCCCAUCACAGAACGCUCGGAGUACUCCAACAGAAACUCCCUGAUGAGCAUCGGCUGGCCGCAAGGACCGAGCAGCAGCGGGCCCAUUCAAUCCCCUGGUCUCGCCCAACUCGCCAUGAUGGCCGAAGACCACGACAUGUCUCUAUCAGCAUUGCUCAAACUCCGGAAUAAAGCCUGGGGCGGAUCACAAGUAUCUCUCUCGAGCUCCCGCGAGGGAUCACCCUACGAUCGCAACGGCGCGACAAGUCCCCAGGAUUUCUUCGCGGGCGGGAGAAAGAACUCGUCCUUCUCGAUAUAUUCCCAAGACUCCGCGGGCGCCGCGGGAAGUGAUUCGGGCAGUCCGACACUGACGAUGGCUAUACCCGCCGUGACGACGGGUUCGAUCCCCUCGCUUGCGAAUGCUAUGUCGCCUAGUAUUUCUUCGGCAUCGUCACAGGUUUUUGCGACGACGUUUCCGCCUUUGUCUGAGGUCGAAGAGCCUGUUUCGCCGGAGGGGAAGAGGCCUUAUAGACGGGUGGGAAGUGGGAGUGGAUAGGAUAGGGUGAGAUUUGGGGGCGGUAGCACUCACCACCUAUACUGAACGUCGUGGAGGGAGAAGGAUGUGGCAACGCAGUUCUUGAUUGACACUUUCUACUGUUUCAUACUUGUCUUACCUCAUUUCAUUUUGUCGGGGGUUGAGAAAAAAUACAUACUGUUUAUGUUACCUAGGUAUAUAAGAAGGGAAAGUAGGGUAUAGGCAUUAGGAGUCACGGGGCAUUCAUUGGUCUACAUAACACGGCACGCGGUUUGCAUUGGAUAUGGAUAUGGAUAUGGGUGGCUUAUAGUCGUUGGGAUGGGACGAGUUUUGUAUUGUUGAUAGUGGUAUUAAUGAUAAUCAGAUAUUGAGCUCGCUAAUUUACAUAAGUGGUCACCUCGCAUCGAGACGUCAGAU